AAGGCUGCUGUGAAUGGUACAGGACUCUCCGCUGCCAUUGGCUCCCGGUGCCCUGACGUGAGCAGCCCCUGCUUGCUAUUUGAGCUGAAGCCUGGCCCCAUCCCUCUCCACUUCUACACGUAGUGAGCCAGCGGCAGCAGCACACCGGGGGUGGGAGGAGGCAGCCCAGUCCCUGUGCCAUGCAAUAUGCCAGCGCACACAACAGCAGCUGCAGCUGGUGAGCCCUGACUGCCAGCCCAGGAUGAGCGCACAGCACGGUGCCCGCUGCAAGGGGACGGAGUGCAUGCCAGUCCCGGAUCGCCGCCGGUAACGCCGCGGUGCAGCAGCUGGUGGGUGCCCGCUCUCCGGAUUGCAUUGGUGUCCCCCCAGUGAUUGCAUUAUAACCGAUGGACGGAUUAUUAUUCCUCGCUGACUUUGGAAGUUAAAUCCCACUCUCCCCCCUGCCUGAUGCCCGCACUGGAGCCGCUCCCGCCGCUGCCCUCCCUCGCCCAUGCCACCAGAGCCCGGCUGCCUGCAUGGCAGGAUCAUGAAGUGUUUGACUUUCUUUCUUCUGCUUCCAGAGACCUUAAAGAAGUCUAAAAAGCACGGCGGCAAGGGGCCAGUAUGCUGUGAGACAGUGCCCCUGGCCCUGAAGAGGAAGAUGGCUGCGGAGCUUUACCCUGUCAGCGCUAACCACACCAAUAUCGCCAACAGUAAUAACGCCGCGGCCGCCAACGCCAAGAAGAACGCCCUCCAGAUCCAGCACAGCGCCCCCCCGCCCCCGCAGCUCCAGAACCUCAAUAACAACAACAUCGAGAGCAGUAACUGGCAGUCCUGCCACCCGACCCUGCGGGAGAGGAACGCACUGAUGUUCAACAACGAACUGAUGGCUGACGUUCACUUUAUUGUGGGUCCCGCCGGGGCCUCGAAGAAAGUCCCCGCUCAUAAGUAUAUUUUGGCUGUUGGCAGCUCUGUGUUUUACGCCAUGUUUUAUGGAGAUCUGGCGGAGGUCAAAUCUGAAAUCCAUAUCCCAGACGUGGAACCUGCAGCUUUUUUAAUCCUUUUAAAGUACUUGUACAGUGACGAGAUUGACCUGGAAGCAGACACCGUGCUUGCAACUCUUUAUGCUGCCAAGAAGUAUAUUGUCCCUGCAUUGGCUAAGGCCUGUGUUAAUUUCCUAGAGACGAGCUUGGAAGCAAAGAACGCAUGUGUAUUGCUUUCUCAGAGCCGCCUUUUCGAGGAGCCAGAACUGACUUUGCGCUGCUGGGAGGUGAUCGACGCCCAGGCGGAACUAGCACUCAAGUCCGAGGGCUUCUGCGAGAUUGACUUACCGACUCUAGAGAUUAUUGUGACGAGGGAAACACUAAACACAAAGGAAGAUGUUGUUUUUCAGGCGGUAUUGAACUGGGCGGAGGCAGAAUGCAAAAGACAAGGGCUACCCGUGACGCCUACAAAUAAAAGGAAUAUAUUAGGAAAGGCGUUAUACUUGGUACGGAUUCCAACCAUGACCCUAGAGGAAUUUGCCGAUGGGGCUGCCCAGUCAGACAUUUUAACCUUGGAGGAGACCCGCAGCAUAUUCUUGUGGUAUACAGCUGCGAAUAAACCGCAACUAGAGUUCCCACUCGUCAAAAGGAAAGGUCUAGCGCCUCAGAGAUGCCACAGGUUUCAGUCUUCGGCCUAUCGAAGUAACCAGUGGAGGUAUCGGGGCCGCUGUGACAGCAUCCAGUUUGCGGUUGACAAAAGGAUAUUUAUUGCAGGACUUGGUUUAUAUGGAUCGAGCUGCGGCAAAGCAGAAUAUAGUGUUAAAAUUGAACUCAAAAGGCAAGGCUUAGUCCUUGCCCAAAACCUGACUAAAUUUAUUUCCGAUGGCUCGAGCAAUACUUUCUCUGUGUGGUUCGAGCACCCCGUGCAAGUUGAACAGGACACGUUUUACAACGUCAGCGCCAUCUUGGAUGGCAAUGAACUGAGUUACUUUGGGCAGGAGGGGAUGACAGAAGUGCAGUGUGGGAAGGUGACUUUCCAGUUUCAAUGUUCAUCGGACAGCACCAACGGGACUGGGGUGCAAGGGGGACAGAUUCCCGAGCUCAUCUUUUACGCAUGACUCAUUUCACUGCUCCACUACUGCUAAAGCACACCGACGCGCCUCUAGAGUGGCUUGCAACACAAAGGCUUGGCCCUUUAACCUCGGUUGUUCUUGCCACCCAUUAAAAAAAAAAAAAAAAAAAAAAAAAAAGAGAGAGGUGAAGGGAAAACGGUUAUUUUUUAUUUUAAACUACAUCAGUAUGGAAUGUAACACACAGGCUGCCAAAUCUCCAACUGAAGGAAUGCUUUUAGAGUUUAAUCUUAUUUUAUUUAUUUUUAAGCUAUUUGAAUUAUUAAAAACUGCAACACGCAGAGAGAGGUUAGAGAAAUCUGCACACAAUGUGCAUUUAUUUUGUAUAUAGAUAACUUGGUAAAAUGCAGCUUGCUCAACGGAGGGAAGCAAUUAAAUAUGACGCAUAAAAGAUUUUUACUUCUAUUGAA